AUGAAUCUUGAAUUAAUUGGUCAACUCGUAAGUGUUGCUCUUAUCGUUGGCGCAGGUCCAAUCGUAGUAGCGGCUCUUUACGUUCGCGGCGGAAACCUUUAA